CUGUAUGUUUUAUCUGUUAACUUUUUUAUAGGGGCAUGUAUCGAUUUGGAUCUUGGUUUGGAAAACGAGAGAAUUUCAGAUGGUAAUAUAACCGCUUCUUCAGUACAAAAUGCUAGCACACCAGCCAAGAAUGGUCGACUGAACUACACAUCAGGAUCAUCAUGGUGUGCAGGAACAGGUGACACCAACCCAUAUGUACAGAUUGAUCUACAGACACUUCAUAUCAUCUGUGCUGUGUUCACUCAAGGGAAUUCUCAAGCAGAUCAGUGGGUGAAGACCUACAAACUACAAUUUUCCAUAAAUGGGACAACUUGGACAGACUACAAGGAAGCUGGACAAAUUAAGGUGCAAUGUUUUCUAAGUAAUGACAAUUUGAGUACAAAUAUACAACUUGUUUUACAUGUAUUUCAUGUAGUGAAAAAUACAUGAACAUUGUACUCACAAAUCAGAUUUUUUUGUACUAACAUAGGCUGCCUUUUGUAACAAUCUCAUUUUUUCUUAACCUAGUCACCAAUUUACUUGAAGCCUACAGUAAUUUUCAUCAUGUAUCUGUAAUAUUAUUUAAUGUUAUAACUUUUGAAAAUCUUAGGUCUUCAUGGGGAAUGAUGACAGAAACUCAGUGGUGAAGCAUGUUGUUUAUGAACUGCUGACAAGAUAUCUGCGUUUCCUGCCACAAACAUACCAGGGUUGGGUGUGUAUGAGAACAGAGGUGUUCGGAGUGAAACAAAAGCCAGGUAUAUGUGCAGGCAUGAUAAUAUUACAUAACCAAAGGAGAUCCAAUGUAUACAUUUAUGAUAUUGCUGGCAAUGCGUGUGUGCAAUAUGAGGUGAAUCCUAUGUUCUGAUUGGCAACCUAAGUGGGCAAGAUGAGACAAUCUUGCCCACUCAGGAUUGCCCUCUUUGAGAAAAACUGGACUUAUAUAGUUAGUAACUUUCGCAUAAUGUCAGUGAUAAAGUUGCAAAAAGCAGCAGAAUAUAGUCAAAACCAAAAAAAAAAGCAACCCUUUUGGGUUUAUUGUGCUACAAACACAGUUAACCUUUUUUCCUGGCUCUCAAAAUAAACAAGUCAUUCUUGUUUCUUAUUAAAGCAAAAGUAAUGUUUAGUUAUAUAAUAAAUCCUUCAUUAUUGACCAUGCUGGUUAAGUUAAGAUGGCUGAACAUUAACUUGGUUGUUUUUUCCAUUUUUGUGGACCUUUCCUUUGUCUCAGUCAAUAAAAUUAUGAAAAAUGGAACUUGGCCGGCAUACAGCCAUCUUGACCUCACACUUGGUCAAUAACCCAUUUAUAUAUGUAGAUUUUAUUUUCUGGUAUUCUUUGAUACUUUUAGAAAGGAUUUGCUUGCUUAGCAAGUUCACUGUUCAAAACUAAGUUUCUUUGAGAUUAUCUUUGUGGAAGGUUUUGUCAGUGUUAAGUGAAAUAUAGACAAACAGAGGCUUGGCAAAUUGUAGUAUGGUGCAAUUGUUAAAUCAACUGAAUAACUAGGCAAAAGGUAGCCAUUUUACAACGGAAGUGAGGAAAUGAUACUAAUAGCUUUAAUCUGAAAUGGGUAAUUCAUAAGCUAUUGUGGGAUUGAACUCUAACAUGAAACUAAUUGGCGCAAAUAUCUCCUACAUGACAGAGAAGUGUAGGUACAGUACAACUACACAUAACAAAAAAGGUGUGGAAGGAAAUCUAAGAAUUUAGGAAAAUAACUACAUAACUCUUUUUCUUUUGUUUUACAUUAUCUUGAGUGGUACCACUCUGUUACAGUGGUAAGUUUUUCUUGGCCCAUGUGGUAACAUUUUCUUCAAUAUCUGUUCACAGAGAACCUUGCCCUGAGGAAGGCUACAGCUCAGUCUUCAACAUUCAACCAUACUGCCACUAAUUUUUAUGGUGUGUCUGGAAAAGCAGUGGAUGGAAAUACUAACACUAACUUUUUAAAAGGGAGCUGUUCACAUACUCAGACUAAUAACCCCAGUUGGUGGAGAGUGGACCUGGGUUCAGACCAUGUUGAUGUCUCUGAAGUUCAUAUAGUCAACAGGUUCUCACAACAUGUGGUUACUGAAGACUACAAAAUAACAUUAGGUGAGUUUUGUUAUCCUUUAAUUGAAUGUAAGGUCAACCAUGCAUACAUCACCUUAUAAUCAGCUGCUAAACAACAGGCCAGUUUGGAUGUUACAGGAAUUUUUGAAACCUCGGCUAAGCUGUAUUGACCUUGUUAUUAAUCAGCCCAGAUGUUUUUUACUUGUCAUUGCUCAGUCAAUAUAGGGCCUCAGUUUAAGAUUUUCUAGCAGGGAUCUCACUCUUGGUUACUCAUAGAGUUCAGUGAGUUCAUGUAGAUGGGACUGGAGUUCUAGAACCAGGGCACUCAAGUGUCAUCAUUUGUCUACACUGUACCUUUGCAUGGGAUACUCAGAAGUUUACCUCCAGUAAUAAUGUUUUUACCUUGCCACUCUGUUAAGGCUAUUAUUACACUUACAAAAUUAAUGUGAUUAAAGCCUUGUUUUGGUAGUUUUAAUUUCUUUUUAAUAUUCCAAAUAAAAUUUUCAGGAUGUUUACUUUGCUGAAGAAUCUAUUACAAAUUGAUCAUGUUUGCCACAUGGAACCAAACUCUACUAGUAAUUCUGACUUUCAGUGCCUCAUAAUCUGCAGGUAGCUCUCCUAAUGUUGUAGGCAACACCCCCUGUAGAGGACUCUAUGAUUUUCAUAACUUCACUGCAUCAGCUGUUUGUUUUACCAAACCACUGAAAACUGGUAGAUAUGUAGGGAUUUUAACCACAAAGAUACAAAGUCUUGAGCUGUGUGAGGUAGAAGUCUAUUCACGAGGUAACUUUUCACUUACUCUUUAUACUAAACUUAAUGUAGUUGUGAAGUCACUUUUCCUCUUUUAAAAAUUGACUCAUCCUAGACUUUUUUAUAUACACAUUAAUUUAGGUUGAGUAUACUUAUGUUUGCAUGUUUAAUGUACAAACUGUAUUUACCAUUAUGAUAAUUACUACAGCCAAAAGUCAUAUUGAAUUUUAAGUAGCACAAAAGCCUUGAAAAGUACACCUGAUUUUUAUGAUGAUAUUGAUAAACAAUUGAAUGUAACCAGAGGUAGAUAAAUCAAGUGCCCCUGGAAUAUGUUCUUGUAGAGUGCAUAAAUAAAGACUUUUGUUUAAUCUCACAGAAACCCUUUAACCAUAAAGAUCUUAGAAAAGUUUUGUUGGGAAUUAUUUUACAGUCAUGCUUGUGAGAAAUGUCUUUUGAUAAGUAACUUAAAUAUAGGUUUAUUUGCUAUUUGAAUAUAUGCAUAUUAGAACACUUUUCCUUGAUAUUUAGGUCUUAAAAUUUACCUUUGGUCUGUUGCCUUAAUAAGAGUUUAAGAAUAGUACAAUUUAUCUUCCAGUAUGUCAGCAAUUUUAAAUCUUCAAUCAAUCAAUCAAGCAAUAUAAGUAUGUCUCUUUAUUAAUUUACCAGUUAGGGAUGACCAGUAGAAUUUAUAUAGUAGUACACUGUAGCUUAAGAAUGGAGUAAAAUGCUAUAAUUACAAUGGAGGUAUAUUUUUAAUUUCAAAAUUUAUACAUACGCCUGUACAUUAUUUUUUUUUUCUUAUAUCAAAAUUAUUGCAGUUUGGUGUCCUUUGCUUUCCAGCUUUUUGGCAAAGGCUGGUACAUCUGUAGGCUGCCCAAAAUGUAAUAUCUACCAUCAACCAGUUUUUUAAAAAUACCCUUUGUUUUAAUUUUUCUAUAUAAUGUACAGUGUAACAAACAUAUUCAGUACAACUCAAUACAACUGUCAUUUUAUGAUCAGUGUGUGGACAGCGAUCACCUUUGCCCAGGGAAACUUUUCUUUUUUUUGUCAAUACGACUUCAACAUGGACAAAGCGUGUAAUUCAUUAAGGAUUCUGGUUUUAAUCGACACAUGUGCAAUGAGGCGCUAGAAUUACCUGGGGACACUGGACACCACCAAGUAUCCUAGCGACCGAUUGCAGAUUCAUCAAAACAAGUUGACCGGCUUUAUUGAUCACACACCUGUCUUGAUUACAUGAGCUAAAUGCACGGUUGAAUAAAAACAUGAUGGUACUUCCACAAACUGUGGGCUUCAAAGCUGAAGCAGUCAGUGAAGAAAGAGUUUGGUGUGCAUGCACUGUUGAAGAAGUAGACAAUGUUUACGUGAUCGUUUCCUUUGACGGCUGGAAUGCAGAAUGGAAUGGCUGUGUCUGUGAUCCACAAGAGAUCAGGGAUCGAACAUUGCCUGAUCAGAAAAGAAAGCGAAGAAACCUUUCCCUUCAGUGAACAAUGUAUUUGCUCUAAGAAAACUGACUUUUACUUUUAAAUAUCACCCAAACUUAUGUAAACAAAAAGCACAAAUUACGGUUCUCUUCAAUUUCAGGCAUGAAUUCGCAUAAUCUUUCAUGGACGAAAUCUUUAUGACUUUCAUAGAUCAAAACCAUUUUCUAAACUACAUCUGCUUUAUCUUUAUCUUUAUCCACUUAGCAAACAAAGCUUUCCAAAUUACAGUCAAAACACCAGACAUAGUUCACUUUGAAUUUUUCGAUCUAUCCUAGUUUCUCAGACUGCAUCCAAAAAGGUUUUACUACACAGCUUCCAUCUAAGACUCCCAGUGGAACAUGACGUAAAAUACAUCAUGUGUUACUGGGUAACAGUGCUCAUACAUAUGCACGAACCCCACUCAAGUGGGGUUUGCAGAAUUACACACUUUGUCCGUGUUGAAGUCAUCAUGGUGUGUACAUUUUCUCCUAGAAAAUCUGGCAUUUCAAAAACCAACAUAUCAGCACAUAAGGACAUUAGCAGGCGGCACAAGUGAUAGAGCAGUUGAUGGAAAUAGCAAUAUGAACUUUGCGGGUGAAUCAUGUUCUUUUGUGCAAGACAAUCCAUUUCCAUGGUGGAGAGUGGAUCUAGGACAAGAUGAGUUUGUGACUGAAGUGUAUGUAGUCGGUUUACUUGAUGCAGAUCGUCUGAGCAAAUUUGAGAUCAGAGUUGGUAGGUUAAUACACUUGCAGUAA